UGGCUUCCUCAGUCACAGAGCUUUCGAUCGGCACCGCAUCCUAUUCGUCCACGUUGCAACGACAAUCAAUGCCGUUCUACCGCGCCCUCCUGUCGUAUCCGUCCACCGCGCUGUCGGUCACUCUGCCUCUCAUUCCCGCCACGGAUCAGUGGGGCAAUUGGGCCGUCUUCACGGGGACCGCCGCCGCAUCGCCUUGGCUAGGCCGGAAUACAGCCGUCGGGAAACUACUCGGUGCCCCUGUCACCGCCAUGGCCUCCGUCUUUCUCUUGGCGACCGUCGGGGUCCUCGCGCCCGGUGGCAGUGAAGCCGCUCGUUCAUUGCAGAUUCUAUCCCUCCAACUGGCCACGCCGCUCAUUCUACUCGGUGCCGACCUCCGCAACGCCACGGCCCGUUGUGGGCCCCUCCUACUUUCAUUCCUUACUGCCGCCACGGCCACCGUCCUGGCCUGUAUCGUGGGAUGGAAACUCACCGGCACGGCUCUUACCAAGGCCCUCGGGAGGGACGGUUUGGUGAUUGCGGCCGCUCUCAUGGCCAAGAACGUUGGAGGUGGAAUCAAUUACGUGGCAGUUUGCCGAUCAUUGGGGGCCAGUCCGACGGCUGUUGCGGCUGGGCUUUGCGUCGACAACAUCUUUGCGCUUGUAUACUUUCCAGUCACGUCAGCCCUAGCGUUGGGGCGACCAGAUGUGGAGGCCACGCGUGCUCAACGAGACGAGAAUCAAAACGAAUGGACGGAUAACAGUAUUAUUCGCCAGCGUGAGACAAACCUUACCGACGCAUCCAUUUCGGUCGAGAGCACAUCCACGGUAUUAUUUUUGGCGGCGGCCUUGCUUUGGCUUGGCGAACGGAUCGGUGGAACGGCCGGCGCCUUGCCGACGUGUACCCUGUUGACGGUCGCACUGGCCAGCAACGCUCCCCGAUCUUGGAUGGCGCCGCUCCAACCGGCGGCGCACGUGGCCGGAACCCUCGGCCUCUAUUUGUUCUUUGCAACCGCAGGGGCACCGGGAAUUGCCGUCGCUGAAUCCGUCAAAGCUUCCCUGCUCCCGCUUACGGCUUUUUUGGGAUUACUGUACACCAUUCACGGUUCACUACUGACGAUCCUAGGCAAAUGGGGUGGCCAGCGCCUGGCAUUUUUGGCACCCCAGCGGUUGCUGGUGGCGUCGUCGGCAGCCAUUGGAGGACCAGCGACCGCCGUCGCCCUGGCGCAAGGGUCGGGAUGGACCACCCUUCAAGUUCCCAGUGUGCUAGUUGGAAACGUGGGCUACGCUAUCGCUACCUUUGCCGGGCUGGGCUACUUUCAACUUUUUCGCUAA